ACAUCCGGCUCUCUCCCAAUAAAAGACCUGCAGAACACGUAGAGGUUGUGCCAAAACUUAUAAACAGGUCUAGUGCUGAAAAAGGAGGUUUCUGGAUAGUACUGAGUUUGUUACCGAACCGAAAUCAGGCUUGGAGAUAURACACUGUUUAAGCAGAAAAGAAUUUCUGAAACAUUUGGGUAAAAAUGAAUGAUAAUCGAGCUCCAGCAUCGAUAAGUGAACGAUUAAGUCUGGCACUGGUGUAUGUCAUUACAUUUUCUGGGACCACAUACGUCUUGUCAGGUGUACUCUUCAUACUCGCUUUGCUAUGUCCUCUAUUCUGGCCCUUCCUUUUGUUUUACCCGGUUUGGCUGUGGUACGACUGGGACACCCCUUCUAAAGGAGGAAGACCAUUCAAAUACUGUUUUGUUAGAAGAUGGAGAAUAUUUAACAUUAUACGAGACUACUUCCCAAUCACUCUGGUCAAAACGACCGAGCUCGACCCGAACAAGAACUACAUUCUUGGCUACCAUCCACACGGUAUGCUCCCUGAUGGAGCACUCGUUUGUUUUGGUUCAGAAGCUGCUGGUUUUGGGCGACUAUUUCCGGGAAUCAAGCCUCGUUUGGCAAUGAUUUCAUUCUUCAGGAAAUACCCCAUAUUUCGUGAGCUCGUGAUGGCGACUGGGAUCAUCAGCGUGUCACGUGACAGCCUGGAGUACGUGCUAGAUCAGAAAGACAAAGGAUACGCUGUAGUGGAUGUGAUAGGAGGAACGAGAGAAGUGCUGAACACCAGUCCCUCCUCGUACCAUCUGGUGCUGAACAGACGGAAAGGAUUUGCUAAACUUGCACUGGAAACAGGAUCGUCUCUCGUCCCUGUAUUCGCGUUUGGUCAGAACGACAUGUUUCACCAACCUCGCUCUUCCUUGCCUUCGAGAUUAGGAGAAAUUUUUACACUAUGGCUUAGGGUGAUGCUUAAGUUUACAACGCUGAUUAUUCAUGAUGUCAGUACCUUUGGUAUCAUACCAAGAAGAGCGCCAAUCACUGUCAUUGUUGGAGCGCCAAUUGAAGUCGAAAAAGUAGCUUUCCCAACUUAUGAUGAGAUAGACGAACUUCACUCCGCGUAUGUCGAUGAGUUGAAGGAGUUGUUUGACAAACACAAAGUGCAGUAUGGCGUUCACAAAGACACUCAAUUAAUUCUGGAUGAAGACUGAAUCGUGUUGCGCUGUAGAGUAAUCUGGCUACGUAAUCUGGGACACCGAUGUAGCAAUAGAUCUCUUCGGCUUGGUCGUUUAAUAGUUUCCCAUUUUAGACCACGUGUCGUUCCCAAGAGUAUAAUUUCUUUAUUUCGCGGAUCGAUGCGCAUGCCCAAGGAUGUGGCAACUUUUUGCAAAAGUAGUAAAUGGUCAGUGAUUUAUAGAAUAAAGAAAAGUAACAAAGAAUAAAGAAUAAAUAAAGAAUAAAUGUGGGCAAGGAAAAAUUUAAUUCUUUAUGAAAAAACCUUUUACCAGUUCGGUGUAAGAAUACACGUAAAAAAAAAGCAAUGUCUUUUAGCACGACGACCAUAAAACAAACAGUAACAUUUUGCAAAAGCCCCACAAACAGCACGUGUACGAAUGCAAUGACUAAAAUAAACAACUUUCUCGUAUCGAGAUCUACA